AUGGACGACCCAGCGACCCGUGUCCCGGCGCAGCUGCUGCCGCACAUGCAUCUAGUGUCGCGGCAUCGCUACCCUUUGAUGCACAUGAUGCCCACAGAUACCGUUGUUGAAUACCUCCUUUCCGCCCCAAAGAUCGUUCGCGAAGCGCAACCGAUGCAUUGGACUUUCUUAGAUGGACCCCAAGAUGGCACGGUGAUGCUCACAUGGCAGCCUCUCAACCACCUGGGCACAAACUUCGCGAGCGAUGGUUAUGUCUGGGCCGACGUCGAGCAGGCUUUCACAUUUGAGGCCCGCGGAUAUAUGGUAGAGAUGUGGCUCCAUCGCAGCGGCUAUCAUCCUCCGAACGAGUCCGUGGCUAUCCACUGUCGCAGACGAUACCGACUGUUGCCCACGAAGAACCCUAACCCGAGCCUUCCUCCGCCUGAUCCUUCGCUGUGGAUUGUUCAUUAUUCGAGAGCGCCCCCCACGGAACAUAUUCCGGCAAAUCGAAUCCCAGUCUCUCCGCAAGUGCAAAGCAUGCUGGCACAGCGUCGUUUCUUACAGGGCCAAGGUCAGCUUGCUCGCAAGGACUUUCUGCUUCACGAUCGCAACAACUGGCCGACAAUCAAUUUCCCGCCACAAAUGGCGCCCCAGGGAUUUGCGCAACCCCCUGGGCCUUUUCCGAACGCCAUGAUGGCGCGUCCGCCAUACUAUCCUCAGCCCGGUCAACCUGUCCCAGCGCCGGCAGCUGCGCCCCCAGCGAAAGCACCCCGCGGACACCGUGCUUCUGCUGCAGCAAUGACCGCUGCCGCAGCGGAUUUUGCCCUCGAGGAUGAAGAUGUUUCUACUGGUGAUAUGAUGGAUCUAUUGACACAUCGGGAGGUAUCUAAGAUGCGCUACCAGCAGCACCAUGAAUGGAUGGAGGAGAUUUUUGCCUCGCCAUAUGCUAUUAGCCAAAUUACGCCUGUUUCCUUGGGUCUGGGCCGCAAGGGAGAGUUAGAGACUCUCACCGCAGGGUUCUUCGAUGCGCCGGUGGGACCGGCGACCGGCGACUCUAAAGAUGUCACCGAUUCCGCUCAGGCAACGAAGAUGGAGCCCGAAAAGGCGAAAGAGUUCGCAGAUCGUGUCGUCAAGAAGGUAGCGGACAUGAGUGCUGAGAUUGAGAAGCUCAAGAAGCGUCAUGCCCGGAGGAUGGAGAAGUUCAACCGCACCUCGUUACUCAAGGAUGCGGAACUUCGGCUUCGGGAUGCGGCAGCGAACCCCGAAGAUACUGGCACGGAGAUCUGGAGGAUGGAAGGCCGCAGCGAGGUUCCGAUCGAGGAGGAUGGCGCGGAAGGUGUUCCUGUUGAACAUAAGGCCAAGUACAAGGUCGAUGAUGUCGUCAGGGAGGUGGAAGCCUCGUGGCACAGGCAGGUCGUGCCCGAGCCGAAGGUUUCCUGCGUCCAAAAGGGCGGUCUGUUGGAGAAGAUUGAGCCUGAACCCACUUCGACUGCGGGUGAUGGUGACAUCGAUAUGGGCCACGCGGAUAGUCAUCUUCUGGACCAGUUCGGCACAUCUCCUACUACUAUACCUACCCAAGGGACAGCUCCUGCGCCCCAGGGCCUCGCGGCGCAUACCGGUCCCGGAGCCGGACCAGCAGCGCCCGCUGCCUCCACCGCUGCGCCGACAACAGGGUUGGAUGUUGAGAUGGACAUGGUCGAUGCCCGUCCUGCGAACACGGCCGCAGGUGAGACCGGAGAUUGGGUGAUGGUGAACGAGGCAAACAAGAAGGAGGAAGGAAUCAACAAGCCUCCCGGUGAUAUGCAAGCCGGCGAAAUGCCGGGGAGCGGGAUCCAGGGCCUUACUCCCAACCCAGGCAGUGCAGGCGAUACAGGCCUCGACAGCGCCAACUUCGAUUUCACCAACAUGGACAGCGCUGGGGAUGCGCUGGCGGCAUACACGGAGCAGAACGAAGACCUGGAUCUCCCAGAUAUGGAGAACUCGGCGUUUGGAGACGCGUUCCACGCAUCUGAUAAUGAACAUACCCACCACCACGACGCAGACGACAUGUCGUAG